UCCCUGGGGCUCUCCCAGCCUCCGUCUCCUGCUUCCUCUUUCCCAGUCCUGCUGGUGGCAUUUACCUGGCACAGCACCACUGUUCUCUCUGCUCACGUUUUUGGGCUGAAGUAACGCCAGCUGGAGUCCAGGACUGGCCAGGCCUCUUAGUCUCUCUCUGCCUCAGUCCUCCUGCCUGGGAAGUGGGGUGACCCUCACUGACCUGUGCAACCAGGGUGUCGCGAAUGUCCUUGGGAGCAUGUUUCAGGCUGUGACGUGCUGUGCAAUCUGUAUCUUCCAGUGAGCUGCCUCAAUGGAGGGCUGUGGACGGGGGAGGCCUGCAACUGCCCUGAAGGUUUCACUGGAGAUCGGUGUGAGUUCCUGCGCAAUACAUGCAACAAUGGAGGCUCCUGGGAUGGACUCAAGUGCCACUGUACCAGCCUCUUCUAUGGGCCAAAGUGUGAUGAUGUGGUCGAAGGCAUGGAGAUGGCUCCACCGCAGACAGUCUCUGCCAUCAUGGAAGUGACUGUGACUGUGACCAGCCAGGUGUACAGCAGUAAGCUGGAGAACCGGUCUUCAGAAGAAUUCAAGAAUUUUAGCGCCAUCUUCACAGAGCAGAUGAAUGUCAUUUAUGCUGGAAUCCCUGAGUAUGAAGGGGUCAACAUCACUAGGCUGAGGCCUGGCAGCGUGGUGGUGGAGCACGACAUCAUCCUGAAAGCCAAUUAUACUCCGGAGUACAAGGAGGUGCUGAAGCAGGCCUCCCAGAAGGUGGAGGAGAAAAUUGUGAAUGCAACCAAAGAACAGAUAAGCAACAGUAGUAACAUCUGCCAUGGCUUCUUACUGUGUUUCAACUCAACUGCCACAGUGGUGCAAAAUGACACCAUUUUCCAGUAUGAUCCUGAAGCGGAGUGCCGAAAGGCAGCUGGGGCAUAUGCUGCCUACUUCCUGGUGGAGUACAAGGACCAGAAGCCGUACUGCAUCACACCCUGCAUGUCUGGCUUCAACGCCUCCCUGGACUGCCACUAUGGCAAGUGCCUGAUGCGGCCCAGUGGCCCCCGGUGCAACUGCCUGAUCACAGAUACUCACUGGUACCAGGGAGAGACCUGUGAGUGGGGCGUGCAGAAGAGCCUGGUGUAUGGGCUCACGGGCGCAGGUGCCACCGUGCUGCUCGUGGCCCUGGUUGUCCUGUUGGUGUUCACACUGCGUGCCAGGAGAGUGGUGAAAAGGCAAAAGUACAAAGUUUCUCAGUUGUACAAGUGGUAUGAAGAGGGUAGUGGGCCUGCCCCCGGGACCUUCCAGAACACUGGCUUCGACAUCUGUGAAGAGGACCCGCAGCUGGACUCCAUCUACAGUAACUUCCAGCCCUCCCUGUACAGCGUGGACUCCAGAACAAAGAUCCAUAUUCAAAGGCCCCAGGUGAUAAUGACAGAGAUGUAAGGCAAACGCGGUUUGGCAGGCAGCUGGGGCAGAGAAGCGUCCCUCCAGCCACGCUUGCUGGAGCCUCGUCCCGCCGCGAGCAUUCCGCAGGAAUUCGAUAAGAAGCAGCCACUGUACUAACUGAGGAAGAAGAGGACAAACCAAUACCGCGGAAGCUCGCGUGGGGUCGCCAUGUGGUCAAGCGAGGUCUUCCAACCUGCGCCAGAGGCUCCUGCUCCCGGGAGCUGCGUUCAGGACCAAGGACAGCGCCCGGCGCCUCGGGUGCCUGAGGACUGAGGCACGCAGCGCUUCUGAGAAGCAUCUAUUUAAGAACACACAUUGAGACUGCGUGGUGGCACGCGUCUGCAAUCCCAGCUCAUAGGAGGCUGAAAAACAGGGGGAUCACUGCGAUUCCGAUCUGUGUAGUGAGACC